CUACUAAAUGCUUAAAAUGAAGCUUCUAACAUCAUAUUCUCUUCAUGCAAAUCACUAAAAAUAUAUUUUCGUUUCACAUAUUUAAGUUAACUUACUAAAUAAAGAAAGAAAAACGGGAAUUGCUAGAAUAAUGUUUGACUCUGAGGUUAAACGAAAUGACAAAUAAAUAAACAUUUAAUAUACUUUUUGAUGACCAUAAGAGCAAGCGGGUAGCCUCCUGAAGAGCGGAGCCGAGGAGCGCGCAUAUCAGACGUGAACGAAAGGAAUAAUGGGUUUAAUUAUGCUUUCACUUCAUUUCCUGACAGUUUCACUUGUUAGUUGGGAUAGUAAUGACUAACAAGAUGACACCGAAUUACAUACAAUAUAAUUACCUAACUAAAUCUGAGAGAAUGCAAACACAUUACAAUAUUUUUUCCUCCACCCGAGGGGCAGGGCGCAGAUACAUUUUUGUAGCCCGACAGGAAUUCCCCCGGGACUUCGGGGUAGCGAUUUUGCGAGCCCUGCAUAGGUUUGUUUUGUAGAAAGACUUUCUUUAAAGUGAAUUUCGUUUUGUAUAAAUUGUAUCAUAAUAUGAAUCAAUGUUUAAUCAAACAAUUGCCUCGAUUUAAUAAAUAAGAAGCAAACCAAGAACGUCUGUGGUGUGGAUUGAAGUGAACCCACUUUAUUUCCGCAGCCUACAUCUUUCUGCUUUUAAUGCAUUUCUUAAAUUAAUGUCUCAAUUAGACAGUAGGCUUAUAGGUUGUUAUGAUAGGCUAUUUGUUGCUAAAAAGCAAUAGGCUAUAUUGUAUAAAGUGUAUCAGUAAACGUGGCGUGACUUAUAGUGCUGAGCUAGAGAGGCUAUAUCAAACAACAUCACUGUGAUCAGAUGUUUUUUUCUUUUUCUUUUUUUUUCCCGCUGUCAUAUUUGUUGUGUGUGUAUGUUAUUGAGAGGAAAGCGCGCAGCACAUAUUUAUAACGUGUUGUUAUUCAAAAUACGUUUUCCACUUGCUUGCAAAAAAAGUUCUCGGGAAUAUUUUUCUCUUUAGAACCAUAAUGUAUUGCAACAUUCAACUUCUUUUUAAUAGUUUUUAAAUAGUUAUCAGGCUUACUUAUAAUUUUACUGUUUUUUUUUUGUCUAACUAUACAGAGUAGUAUUUUUUUUUUUUUUUUUUGAUUGGGCGGGCCAGCUGUCAAUCUGGGCGGGCUCAUAGCUCCGCGCCUGGUUCUUUCUCUUUACACUCCAUCGCAGCAGGUGGUGGUAUGCACCUAUGAAGUUGGCGCGCAAGCCGUCACAAAAUCAAAAAACGAAGAAGAAGACGAGUUGAGCUUCUCUAUCCAGUACAGUAGGAGGCGCUCUGCAGCUUUUUAGUCCGCAGAUAAACACACUAAAGAAAGAAAGAACGAACUCAAACCUGAACCGCUCUGUGUUUACACAUUAAUUUUAUUUUAAUGUACUUGUUUUUCUUGUUUUUUUUUUUUUGAGUGUUUUAUUGAGUUUAAACAUAGUCUUGUCUCUGUGUAUUUAGUGUUGAGAUGUUAACGAUGGAAGAUGAGAUGGAUGUGACGUGCUGUCAAUCAGUAGGAACUGAUCUGUCCAUGCGGGAUAUUGAUGAUUUCAUCACAGAAAUCUCUCAGCUGAAGAAAGAGGUGGCGUUACUGGAGGCAAAGCUGAGUUCAAGAGGAGACGAAGUAGUGAAGAAAGAGGUUUGUUGUGAAUCUUCAGUGUGUGUGACUGAUGGGAGUCUGGAUUCAGUGUGGAUGAGCAGCAGAGAUCAGAGCCGCACACCACAGCCACUGCUGGACAAACACACACAGGACUCAGAGCUCAGUCUUACUUUACUCUGUUAUACUGAGUCAAAGCCCACAGACGCUCAGGAGGACAAUGCAGUGUGUGAUCAAGGCUCACAGGAGAAUCAAACCUCCACAGAGUCUCUGGAUUCUGUCUGUAACGCUGGAGAACAGCAGCAGAUCUUGAAGAUGUGUUCAGUCAAAGUCAUCGACUGCAGGAACAUCAUGAUGAAGAUGAAGAUGAGAAGAGAAACUACAGCUGAAGAACCUCACACUGAGGAAGAUGAGGAACACACAGCUGAAGAACAAUACACUGAGGAAGAUGAGGAUUACGAUGAUGAUUCUAUUCCUUCAGAUGAUAAGAGUGAUUCAUGUUCACACGGAGAAACGUCCCCAACAUCAAAAGAGCGACUGACAGCACCAACGCUUUCCUCCAUCACCGGUAAAAAGACUUUCAGACGUAUAGAGAGACGUAAGAGAAAACACACAGGGCAGAAACUCUUCCCCUGCACCAGAUGUAAGAUCACCUUUACUACCUUACAAGAACGGAGACAUCAUUAUUCAAAAGUGCACUUAGUAAAGAAGCACUUUCACUGUGAGAAGUGUGGGAAAAAUCUUUUUGCAACAACUUCUAAUAUAGAUGUUCACAUGAAGACACACAGUGAUGAAAAGCUUUUCCACUGCAGUGAAUGUAACAAAUAUUUCUCCAACAAAGGAAAUCUCGUUGCUCAUAAGAGAACUCACACAGGAGAAAAACCAUACAAGUGUCCCCACUGUGAGAAGAGAUUUCGUAAUUCAAACUAUAUUAAGAGACACGUGCGUUUACACACCAAUGAGAGACCGUAUCAGUGCAGUGAAUGUGGAAAAACCUUUAGGGUUUUAGGCUCUUUAAAAACACACCAAAAAACCCACAGUGAGGAGAAACCCUAUCAGUGUUCAUUCUGUGAUAAACGUUUUCAUCAGAAAGGUCAUCUGAUAUUUCACGAGAGGAUUCACACUGGAGAGAAACCUUACCUCUGCUCUCACUGUGGAAAGAGCUUCUCUAAUCCAACUGCCUUUAGCUUUCAUCAGAGAGUUCACACUGGAGAUAAACCUCAUCCCUGUGAUGUUUGUGGAAAGAGAUUCAGUCAAUCUAAACAUUUAGUGAGACACCAGAGAAUUCAUACCCGUGAAAGACUUUACAGAUGCUCUCAGUGCGAUAAGACAUUCGCUCGAUCAGAUGUUUUGAGAACCCAUCAGAGAGUUCAUACUGGAGAGAAACCUUACCACUGCUCCAUCUGUGGAGAGAGAUUCGCUUAUUUAGGAAGUUUUCAGAGUCAUCAGAAGAAACAUUCUGAAGAACAAACUACACCAAAUUCAUCAUAGCAUCUUUUAUCAUUUUUAUUCACAGCAUCUAUCACACCUUGGCAUAAUUUUGCUUAAACUUAACUUUAAUUUUCUUGUAUCUGUCUAUGGAAGUGAAAGGUGCAUUGUGUAACUUAAAAGGAUCUCUUGACAGAAAUGCAAGAAAAAGUAUGUGAACCUUUUGGAAUUGCAUAGUUUGCUGAAUAAAGUUGUCAUCAAAUGUGAUCUAAGUCAAGGGUAUCAAACAUAAUGUGUCUAAAAAUAAUUACACAAAAUAUUCUGAUCUUUCAUGUCUCUAUUGAGAACAACAACGAAAAACCAUAAUGAUUGUGGAAAAAGUAUGUGAACCUUCUGAUCUUAAAAAAGCUAAUUGGAGUCUGGAGGUGUGGACUACAUCUACUUUGAGUGAUAAAAAACCCUCAAAUUUUUGGAGUUUGCUCUGCACAAGAAGAACACGCUUGAAAACUGUACACCAGUACAAUUCAAUAUUGUUUCAAAUCAAUCACAGGAAGUUCAGGAUUUAUCUGCUGAAAACUUUUAGCUCCUUAUUUCCAAACAUUAGGUGUCCCUCAUUGUCCACUAAAAGUCUAAGCGUCAGGGCAUCAUUUAAAAAAUUUUGUGUAAAAUGUUAUAAUGUUUAUAAACAGUGAUUAGGUGAUCUAUGGCCUUGGGUGUGAACUGUUACAAGCCCUACUCCCCAUCAGAUUAGGCUGCGACAAAAUAGAAAUGUAACUUGAUCAAAAUUAUUUGUGCCAUACAUAGGAAUGAUACAUAAAUGAUGUGGCUUGUUUAGAAGAGCAGUUAUAUAACUUAAUUGCUAUCUGACACACGUGUUAAAUAAAGCAGACCUUUUUUGAUUUGGCUUAAUUGGCAUGCUUUAUUUCAAAGUUAAUGGAAGACUUAAUUUGUUCCUUAUGUGUUUUAUUUAUGUCCGUAGCAAUACGGAAAGCAUGCAGUUUAUAAAGUUGCCUAUUUAAACUCAAAUAUGAUUUCAGCACGUUAUUUGUAUUAUAAUACCAUCUAGUGGACGAGGGGUACUACUACUGCUUUAGAUUUUUUUUCCUAAGUUUUUUCUUUUUUUAUUGAACAAAAGGCACAGGGGAUACAUUAUCAAGCACAAAAAAAUAAAAAGACAGUGAACUCAAAGUAAAGCAAGGCAGUAGAUAAGGAUAGUCUACUAAAAAAUAUAACAAUUCACAAAACAUUCGUAGUCACUAAAUUGCAAAAAAGAAUCCAAGUAAUUAAGAAUUAAAUAACAUUGGGAAUACAUAAAUAAAUAAUAAUCUUCAAAAGAGUCAGGAAGUAAUUUAUAAUGAAACCAUAAUUACUUUGAACAACAAAGAAAUUUUAGCAGCUGUCUUAUUAGCUGAUAAACAUAUAUGGGCGGUUUCCCGGACA